AUGUACGGUGCUUUGACUAUCCAGUCAAAAGAUCUACUUCUGACGAAGCCCGAGAUACCUUUUCCGAAUGUCAAUUACAAGUCUCUCGUACAGAGAAUGACGGACUUCCGAUCACCCGAAUGCUGCCCUGGAUCCUCUUUCGCAUCCAUAUUCGGGGCCUUAGAGGGUUCUCUUGAGGGGCUGGAACUGGAUCAGUUCAAUUCUCCCUAA